GGCCGUGCCGUUUCGUCUUCACGGGGCAGUCAGCUCUUUGGUUAAAUGUCGAAAAUGUGGUUAAAUCCAAAGGAGCAAUUGCUUUUGUUAAGUAUUCAGAGGUGAGGCAAUCUGUCUUUGUCUUCAGAGAAAUCUGAAGUGGCGUUGUCACCUCUUUUGGAAGUGCAAGUAUUGAAGAAAAGGGCCUUCUUGAGAGGGAUUUGAAGAAAAGUGAAGUGGAGAACGGCAAAUUGGAUUGCCGAGCUGAUUACCUUGAGACAGUUAGAGAGGGAAGUCUGGCAGAGUGCAGGUACCGAGCCAUGGAUCCACAGGUACUGCACCGGGAUGAAUGUGCUCGGUAGGGUUGGCUUUAUUUCAACAGCUUCGUUUUUUUCUUUUUUAAUUUUUUUAAAUUAUGGGUCAAGAAUACAGUAGCCCAGAAAAGGAAGUGACUCUCCAACAAAUCCAGGAACUCUACCGUAAAUUUGCGAGUGAAUGUCCAAGUGGGAAUCUGCACUUACAUGAGUUCAAGAGAUUCUUUGGAAUCAACAGCAACUCCACAGAAGAAGAAUGUGCAUACAUGGAACAUUUGUUUCAAUCCUUUGAUACAAAUGAGGAUGGGAAAAUAGACUUCAUGGAGUACGUGGCGGGGCUGCACCUCGUCCUGCGUGGAAAACUCGAGGACAAACUGAAGUGGUCUUUUAAGGUUUAUGACCGAGAUGGCAAUGGCGGCUUGGACCGACAGGAAGUGAGACAAAUUGUCAAAAUCAUCAACAAGAUAAAGAAGCACAACGAUCCUGACGCAGGGAACAUCGAAGAUAUUUGUGAAAGAAUAUUUGAUCUGGUGGACAAAAACAACGACAGGCAGAUUUCUUUGGAGGAAUUCAUCGAAGGGGCUGAAAAGGACCCGUGGGUGAUGGAACAGCUCCAACUGGACAUCGGGCCCUUUGAUUGGUUCCGUGAACGUCGGGAGAAGAAAACUUGACUUCAUGAUGUCCAGCGUAUGAUUUUAUGACACACGAUUGGACGCUAAGUGACAGUUUUAACCUGCCAUCUGUGUUCAGUCCUUCAGAGAAACGCAGAUACAGUACCGGGUGUGUGAUUAUCCAAGGAUAUAAUCUGCAACGGGCUGAGAUUCAGGAUUAUCUCAGAAAGCCUCUCACGUCUCAUGUUUUUUGAUUUUUUUUGCACUCACAAGUGGUACAUUACAACUUUUGUUUAACCUCUCCAACCUGAGGUUCACCUAUUGGCCAAACCCUCCUUUCCAGCACCUUGGAGUAGACUUUACCAGGGAGGUUGAGCAGAUAGGCUCAUACCCCUGUAAUUGGCACACACCCUCUGGUCCCCCUUUUUGAAGAGGGGACCCACCACCCCGGUCUGCCACUCCUCGGGCACCGUCUCAGACCUCCACCUAAUGCUGAAGAGGCGUGGCAACCAAGACAGCCCCUCCACACCUCACUGCCCGAUGCUAGACGAGUGCAGAUAUGAGUCGCGCAUGGGUCACUUUGCGCCAACUAGCGUAUAAGAUGCUAACGAGAGCCUUCUGUAACGU